AUGAGAGAACUGAGAAGCUGCUGCCCCCGCUUGCAUCUCUGCGUGUUGCCGUGCUGGUCGCCUAGUCCUGCUUGCUGCUGGAGUGCUGGUGCGAACUGCGAAGAAGCUUCCAAGCUGAUGUCCGUGCACCGAUGGUCUGCUGGAGCUGGAAGCCUGGAACUGGUGCCUGGUGGUGCAGCAGCUGCAACCACAGUCCACAGCCACAGCCCACAAUGUACUGCUCUUUUUCGGAUUCACUGUCUGAAUUCCAUAUCUGAAACUUUUCUAUCCUGCAUACCCAACAAUCAACAGAACUAUUUUGUGAUUGAAGUAAAAAUACCUCUAGAUAAUGGUUAUCAAUCUCCAGAACGUGAAAGAAAUUCAUCAACCAGUAGUUAUCAACAUUAUCCCCCAUCAUAUUCGGUGAACACUAGUUAUCAAUCUCCACAACGUGAAAUAAAUUCAUCAACCAGUAGUUAUCAACAUUAUCCCCCAUCAUAUGUUGGAAGUUCAAAAAACACUAACUAUGGGAAUAAGCAACAUUCAUCGUCCAUAGCCGAUAACUUCAGCUCUUUGGAAGAGGUUAUCAAUGCUCUAAGAGAAGCAGGCCUCGAAUCAUCCAACUUAAUUAUUGGUAUUGAUUUUACCAAGAGCAACGAAUGGACAGGAAAGUUAUCAUUUCACAGGAGAAGCCUCCAUGCAAUUGGAAACACGCCAAAUCCAUAUGAGCAAGCCAUUUCUAUCAUUGGACAAACUUUAUCUCCGUUCGAUGAGGAUAAUUUAAUACCUUGUUUUGGAUUUGGUGAUGCCACAACGCAUGAUCAGCAUGUUUUCAGCUUUUCUGCUGAUUAUCGACCUUGCAAUGGAUUUGAGGAAGUUCUCAGACGAUAUAAAGAAAUUGUUCCAUAUCUGCACUUAUCAGGUCCAACCUCAUUUGCACCAAUAGUUGAUGCUGCAGUUGAUAUUGUGGAAAAAAGCAAUUGGCAGUAUCAUGUACUCGUUAUCAUUGCAGAUGGACAGGUCACUAGAAGUACUGAUACACCAACUGGAAAGUUUAGUCCUCAAGAACAAGCAACUGUCGAUUCUAUAGUUGCUGCAAGUGAAUAUCCACUCUCAAUUAUUCUUGUUGGUGUGGGGGACGGACCCUGGGAUGCUAUGCAAGAAUUUGACGAUAACAUUCCUCAACGUGCAUUUGACAAUUUCCAGUUUGUCAACUUCACGAAAAUCAUGUCUGAGCACACAGAUAUGGCCAAAAAGGAAACCGCUUUUGCACUUGCUGCUCUAAUGGAAAUUCCUUUGCAAUAUAAAGCAACAUUAAAGCUACAACCUAAAGAUAAAUACGAUGUUAGUUCUCCGACAAGGCCACCACUCCCUCCUCCACGGGAAGUUAUAGAUCAUGACAAUGCCAUUAGAUCACUCCCACGUGCACAAAUCUCUGAACCAGUUGAGUCAGGACCAUCAGCCGAGCAAGUAUGCCCAAUCUGCUUGACAAAUCCCAAGGACAUGGCUUUUGGAUGCGGUCAUCUGAUAUGCAAGGAUUGUGGCAACUCCAUAUCAUCAUGCCAUUUAUGCCUUAUACAAAUAGCCGGAGGUCCUUAUCUGCAAAGCCUGACAUCAGUUCAAUACAAGCAAAGAUGUAAAGGUUCACUGUUAUAUGGAUAUAAUGUAUUGCUUGCUACCUGCAAGCUUGAUACACUAGAAACUGUAUCUGAACUGUCUCACUGGAUGACGAUUGACCCCAUCAAUCAACAACUCAACAUUCGCAACCAGGAGCUGGAUCGUGGAAAUAUGCCAACCGUUCCUUCCUUCACCGAUCCUUCUAAUCAUUACGUUGCAUUUCAUCGUCAGAAAAUAUUCACUGGCAGUGGUGAUUAA